GACUUGCUGUUUACCUUCAGAGCCGACAGCUAACGUUGAGCUUCAGACUUUUAGGAAUUUUAACUAAUAUUUAUAAUAACAUGUAUCCCGAGGGCACUGGUAAACACGUCGCGGGCUGACCAUAGAUAAAUGUGGAGCAGUGCUAAGUGUUCAAGAACGGUUUGGAUUUUGGUCUUGAGAAACAGCAUAUCAGGCCAUGGCUGGCAGGGGUGUAAACGAGAGCACUCCCCUUUUGGACAACUCUGUGGCUUCAACCAGAUCAGAGUCAGUGUUUAAUGGCAGGAGACUGGCCUGUGCUGCCAUACUGCUGGCAGAGUCUCUAGAGCGGAUGGCCUUCUAUGGCAUCACCUCAAACCUGGUGCUCUUCCUCAACAGCGGCCCCUUCUAUUGGGAGGGCACUUCGGCCAGCCAGGCCCCCUUGAUCUUCAUGGGUGUCACUUAUUUGAUAUCGCCUUUUGGUGGCUGGCUGGCAGAUGCGUUCCUUGGCAAGUUCACAACCAUAGCCUUGAGUUUAGUUCUAUACCUGAUCGGGAUGCUGCUUUUCCCUUUUGUGGCCAACGACAACACCAGGACCUCUCUGUGUGGAGAAGAGAUGGCAUUUCCAGUGCAGCCGGCAGAGUGUUUUUCUGAAAAUGGGACUGUGCCCGCCAAUGUGACCUGCAUGAAUCGGCCGUCCUACUGUAGGCCUGCGAUCUACAGUGGUCUGGUGCUGGUGGCCGUUGGCGUGGGAGCUGUGAAAUCAAACAUCACUCCAUUCGGGGCAGAUCAGGUGAAGGAUCGAGGUCCGGAGGCAACGCGGCGGUUCUUUAACUGGUUUUACUGGUGCAUUAAUCUUGGAGCGAUCUUCUCGCUGGGUGGAGUAGCCUAUAUUCAGCAGAACGUUAGCUUCUUUAUUGGCUACAUCAUCCCUGCCGUCUGCCUCGGGGUGUCCCUCAUCAUCUUUGUUCUGGGUAAAACGGUGUUUAUAACAAAACCUGCAGACGGCAGUGCCUUCAGCGACAUGUUCCGGAUCCUGGCUUCGGCCCUCUGUGGACGCGGGCCUAAAGAACCAAGUCUGCUCAGGCCAAAGCCAUCUCUACUGGAUGGCGCUAAGGUGACGUACGGUGGGCGAUUUUCAGAGGAGAAGGUGGAGGAAGUGAAAGCGCUGGUUAAAAUACUUCCUGUUUUCCUGGCACUCAUUCCGUACUGGACUGUCUAUUUCCAGAUGCAGACCACAUAUUAUCUCCAGAGUCUCCAUCUGACAAUUCCUGGAGCCGAUUCCAACUCCACAGAAUCCCACUCGAAUACCUUUCGCUUCCCGGCAGCUUGGCUGACCAUGUUUGACGCUGUGCUGAUCCUCAUGUUGAUCCCCCUCAAGGAUAAAGUGGUGGACCCCAUCCUCAAACGCAAAGGCCUGGUGCCCUCCCCCCUAAAGAGAAUCGCUGUGGGCAUGUUCUUUGUCAUGUGCUCGGCGGUGGCAGCUGGCAUUUUAGAGACAAAGAGGCUGGAAAUUAUCCACACACGAGGUCCCAUCCCGCAGUCUCUCAGUGGAGUUACCUACUAUGCAGCCGAUCUUCCCAUUUGGUGGCAAGUGCCUCAGUACAUCCUCAUCGGUGUCAGCGAAAUCUUUGCUAGUAUUGCAGGUCUUGAGUUUGCCUACUCUGCAGCCCCGCGCUCCAUGCAGAGCGCUAUAAUGGGCCUGUUCUUCUUCUUCUCUGGUAUCGGCUCCUUUGUGGGAUCAGGACUACUUGCUUUCGUCUCUCUCAAAAUCAUCGGCUGGAUGUCCUCGCAUAAAGACUUCGGUAACAUCAAUGAGUGCACACUGAAUUACUACUUCUUCCUCCUGGCUGCCAUUCAGGGAGUCACACUCCUUGUCUUCCUCAUUGUGUCUGUGAAGUAUGACAAGCAGAAGCCCAGAGCAGGGGGCCACAGGGCGUCUCUGACCAACUCAUGACCUCAUCAUCCUCACCAGCCGUACGUUCACCUCGUCCACCAAAUCAUGUGCCAAACUUUAAACCUCAGUGUUUUUUCAAAAUUAAAUUUUAAAAUAUUUGACUUUUGAAAUAUUUAACUUGAAGCCCCCUGUGUUUACUGGAACUGGCAAUUCUCUUGUCAUUUUAAACAUGCGAGACAAUUUAAAAGAGACAAGAAAACAAAAGAGUACAUAAUUACCUACACAGUUUUCAUAUGAAAUGUUUGGAAGUGAGGUGUGUCCACUCCAUCAGUGAACUGGAUUAUGAAAUGCGUGUUUGUUGUAGUGCAUACUUUGGGCAACACUUGUUCAAAAUUUGGGAUUUUUGUUGUUUUGACUAUGUCAAUGAGAUUUACAAAUUCACUUACUCAUAAAAUGAAUGUGGUUUUUAAAUUGUUUACGAUGGGUUGUACAAUUGAUCAUUGGUUUAAAUUGAAUAUUUAUUGAACCAUUUUUUUUUUAAUUGUUUAUGCUCGACAGAGUAAGACAAUACUCUUGUUCAGAUUUAUUUAAAGUUGUCCCUCUGGGCAUGUUUAUGGUACACCUUUUUUAAACGAUUUUAACAGUACUUUUUAAACAUUAUUUUUAUUUUUUAUUUUUUUUCAUUAUUUCUCGAAUUCAGGCACCAUUUGCACUGUAUUGUGUAUAUAUGGUCACUUUACUGUAAAUUUAUAAUAGAUAUCAAUUGGUACUAUUUUUUAUGCUGUUGAUGCUAAUUAGCUGAUGUCUAAAGGGCAAAUAUGAUUGGCUACUCAUUUCAGAUGGUAGCCAAUAAAUUGCAUACAGAAUUCAUACAGAAUUUUCAUAUCAUCAAACAUCAGUGAAGUAGUUAAUAAAAACUGCAGUGCAAAAGACUUGAACAAUUAUUAUUAUUAUAAAGAAUCACAUUCAAAAUCGUGUCCUUAACAGUUUGAUUAAAUUUGUAACUUUGGUACUAAACCUGUGGCAUUACAAGUGUUUCUCACUUUUAGAUAUUUUAUCAGGCAUUAGAUUGCUAGUAGCUUGAUUUUAAUGAUUUUGAUCUUAAGUGGUAAGGCCAAGCAGUCCAUUGCUCUAUAUCGUGGUUAUGAUAUGAGUGUAUCAUCUGAGAAAUUAGGAAUUUGCACAAGGAGUGCUGAUAUCAUGAAGCAUACAGCUCAGCUGACGUCUUUACAGCAGGAAUAUCUCGGCAAAUGCAAACUAAUAGUGUUUCCUUUGGAAACUACUGCGUCUUGUUUGUAAUGAUUCCUGACCUUUUUAGAUUUGUAUAAGGCUUUUCGAUGAACUACAAACCUCAAGCACAGAUUUUCAUCUGAAUGAGGUUAUGUAGUGAGAUUACAUUUGCACUAAUCUCUAGUGAAAAAUAACGUUUAUAAUUGAGUAUAUAGAAUCAUGAAUUUUACAUGCAGGCUUAUGAUACAUCCUAUAAAAUGUAUACCUCAGCUUCAUAAUGUCAUCAUGCUGUAGAAUGGCUUCUUGCUUGAACUAAUUUUUGCUGCUGUUUUUGACAACUAAUGAACUAAGUCUGCUGUCUUUGCUUUGACCACAAGCUUAACAAAAUCGUAACAACACUCCCAUUAUGCUUCUGUGCUGGUUCUUUUUAUGGGUUUUCAUUCACAGGUGGUUCCUGUGGUUUGUGUUGCACUUUUUCAGCAGUUACACCUUGUGCCUUUAAUGCCAGAGUUAUUCCACAUGAGUCUUGCAACUGAUGCAUCAUCCUUACAAUUUUACAUUUAGAAGUUCAAAACAGAGUGAUCAAAAUCCUUUUGAAUGUAAUUUGACAAACAGUGUUGACAGUAGAGUAGUUUGAAUCUGUUCAAAUGGUGAAAUAUUAAAAGACUAAGUAUAAGGAAAUUGCAACAUUCAUUUUAACUGGGCAUAUUCAAAUGCUGAUUUAAAUGUUUUUAAAAAUGUAAUAUAUUUCUGUUUUUCCUCAAAAGUGUAAAAUUCAAACAUUUUCUGAAAAAUGCAUUUUGAGUUUGUGCAGUGGAAACAUAUAUUGUGAUUUUUUUUUUACGCUUUUGUUUGUUUAAAAUGAAAUGGUUUCUUUCUUUUGUUGUUCAAUAAAAUGCAUUUGACCU